AUGCUUAGACGCUCCAAGAAUUCCGGUUCAAGCUCGCACACAGACGCUAAGAAAAGACAGUCUAUGUUUCUAGAAUCCAAAAGUUCGUUGAUGUCAUUGUCUAACGAGUUUGCUCAAGGACAUUCUAAAACAAAGCAGAAAACGCAAGAGGGUGUCUCCUCCUCAUCGUCUUCUUCUGCACACAAAAAAUCCACGUCCAGUCGGUCAAAGUUGAAAAGAAGCAGUUUGUUGCUCGAUGAAACACUUCUAAAGGACUACCAUUCGGCCAUAAAACACAUGCAGGUAAACGCUCCCAGAGAGGAGAAGCUACUGCUGGUUCCGUCUCCAACGCAGUCAACGAGAAGCGAAUCAGACACCAGUCUCUCUUCCAGUAAGAGUUCGAUAUCUUCCAUAUUCUCCCAGGAUAAAGACUAUUCCAUUCACGACUUGUUAUAUGAAGACAUCGAAGAGAUGGAUAAAACAGCCAACGGCCCCAAAAUUGAUGACACAAUAGCAAUAGACGAAUCUAAAGCACUUUUUGUCUUCUGCACAAACGAGUCCUCUAUGAAGCUACCUUAUAAUGAAACACUGCACGAACUGAACUUGGACACUCCAGUCAUGGGCCCCAACAGAAGAACAUCGCUAAAUUUCUUUUAA